AUGACAGACCAAAGCACCGAUCUCUCCCAGCACCCUAUGCCCCGUCCCUUGGUAGACCUCCGUGCGGUUUUCCCGUUUCUCAUAGUCUUAUCCAGGAAUAUGAGCGCGUCUAUAGGCUCAUCAGGAAGCACGGGGCUGAAUCCUACUCUGUCAGACCCGGAGCGCUGGCUGAGAUUGCCAGCCGUCCCGGGCUACGAGCCUCACCGGGUAAACGAGAUGCUGCUUCUCCGCCCCGCUGCGCCCAGGAGCCGAGGAGGCGUUCAGACAGCCACGGCUGAACCCGCGAAUCAACAUGUCAUAUUCUUCCCGGGAGAUGUCCAGAACUUCCACAAGGUGAUGUCCUCGCACCAUGAGAACCAGCAGUGGCAGCGCUGGAGCCUGGAGAACGUGGCCAAGUUGCUGUCGAGGCGUUUCCCCGGGAGCCAUGUGUGGGUGGUGCGGGCGUCGCGCAUGUACCUGCACAAGUUCACCUGCUUCGACAACUUUGUAGAGAGCAACCUGUUCGGGGCGCCGGAGCACUGCCCUGACUACGGGGCCUUCCGCCACCUCCGGGCCCUUCUGGGGAAUGCGCUGGGGCAGGCGGCUGGGGGCGGCACACCUUCCUGGGGCUUGAACAGAGCCGUGCCCCCUGAUCAGCGUGCUUCGAAUGGCUGCCCUAAGGAAAACAGCAGCAGCACCAGUUUGGGCUCCCCUCCUCUCCUGCAUUGUCCCUUGCCCUCCGGCCUGGCACUGACCCUAGUGGGUUUCAGUAAAGGCUGCGUGGUCCUGAACCAGCUGGUUUACGAGCUGGGGGGUGCCAGGGCUGACCCCGACCUGGCCCCCUUCGUGGCGAGCAUCACGGACAUGUACUGGCUGGACGGAGGACACCCUGGGGGCAGCAAUACCUGGGUGACCAGCCAGGAGGCGCUGAAGGACCUGGCCUCCAGCGGCAUCAGCGUUCACUCGCACGUCACACCCUACGAGGUGCGUGACCCCAUGCGGGCCUGGGUUGGAAAGGAGCACAAGAGGUUUGUACGGGCGCUCCAGGAGUUGGGGGUCCCCAUUGUGGACAAACUGCACUUUGAAAACCAGCUGCCCUCCUUGGAGCAACACUUCCGCGUGCUGGAGGAGUUCUGAAGAGGCCAACACGAUAAUUCCAUUUACCUCGCCACGCACAUCCAUUCGCUAUGUAGGUCAUUAUCUGCUUUAGUGGCACCAAAACAGUAAACAACAUGUCUGCCCAAAUUAGCACACAAACAUGUUUAUUUAAAAAUAGAAAACCACAUUUCGGAUUAAAGUAUACCAAGAUCACCAGUUAGAAAACACCUCUAUACAUUAUAGAUCCAGAAAUACUAAAAGAAACUACAAUUCAAUGACAAAUGCUUUGACAAGAAGCAAACCAAGAACCGUCUAAACCUAGGUGUCUUAUAAAGGAAAAUCCAUGUGUCCAAAACCCUGUGUGAGAAGUGGAAGCACAUGGCGAGGGAGCUGUAUGGCAUGAUCUUGUUAGCUAUAACCUCAAGAACACUUCAGUUAUACUGCUUAUUGUUUUUAAGAAUGACAUACAACCAUAGGUACCUCCUUUUUUUUGUUUAGUUUCGAUUUUUGAAAUCAGUUUGCUGGUAUUGUAAAUGUUAGUAACACUGUCUCCAUUCUAAGGCUGCUAUCCACUUUCAUUAAACAUUCCAUGAUUGCUCUAGUAAACUUUAAAGCACACACAUGCUAUCCAAACUCUCAUUGACCCAUUUGCUUAUUUAGAGACACGUGCAAGACAAGCCCAAUCUCAUAUAUCUGAUCGUCACAUACACAUUGUCGAAUGGUGUUUACACACUCGAGUUUUUUUUAUUUAUGUAUUUAUUAUUUUUUAAAUUAAUUCAAAGAAAAACACAAAACUUCCUACAGUCCACCUUGCCAAGCAGCAAGGUAUGUGGGGGGGGGGGCUUCACUAUUCUUAUCUUUUCUUUUUAGCUCUGCAAAUGGAGCCAAAAUUCCAUGUGAUAAAAUUGUCAUUUGAUAAAUUAAAAUCAGUGCCACUUCCCUUUUUGGUGCGAUUCCUAUUGGGACCUGCGCCAGUUUGCACAGUUUAAAUGGAAGAUAAUAAAGCUGCAUUUCUGCUGCCUGAAAUACUGUUCUGUUUUCUAUGUGGGAAGCUGUCGAGGGCUGGGCUGAGCUGCUGUGGAACCGGCUCUUGCUGCAAUUGCACGCUAUGCUAAGCUGCUUCUCAUUUUUCUUUAAUUCCUUCCAGACUUGCUUCUGAAUAAAAAACCUGAUCUGCAGCUUUUAUUAUGAGUUUUUGGUUGUUUUUGUUCUCUGGAAUCCUGUGAACUGUGACCUCAUUGGUUAAGAAGGGAAUGCAGGAGCUGGGUCACUGGGCCGCUGAUAAACAGACAGCAUCUUGAGACAAAAACUCUCUAAAUUUAAGAAACACAUUUCUUAGAAAAAAAAAAAGUGUUAAAAUUCAUUUUAUCUGAAUAUUUAAAUGUAGGUUUAUGUCGAGCUGUCCCGAUUUCUUAUUGAGUAACAUUUUAAGCACUUGAACUGAAAAGCACAAUAGAUAUUCAGAGCUUGAGUACACAUCACUUUCUACAAUGCCAACAACUUUCAGAAGAGCAUUAUUCAGAGAAGGAAAAGCAGUUGACAAAAAAAAUGUAAGAUAGUACUGAAUGUAAUUUCAUGUAUGUCUCAAUGCAGUUAAGGGAUCUCUGCUGGUUGCAAUCGUUGUUUGUAAAUGUGUCUUAUGUGAUCCGAAAAGAAAUAAGAUGCAAGUUUCAAUUGUUUUUUUUUUUUUUUUUUAUUAACAUUUUUCUAAUUUGUAUUUUGACCAGCACUUUUAAAAAUGUAGACAAACAAUUCUCUUACAAUCCAAUUAUAAAAUAAAAACAUACUCUUCCUUUCUCUUAAAAAAUCCAUUAUCUAAAAAAGGUUCUAUAAAUAUACAGAUGAAUUAUUUUUGUAAACACGUUCUUUUCUCUUUUAGUUAUUUUACAGUAUACACAAGUGUUCUCCAGACCUGUAACCGAGGACUGACUAAUGACAACAUUAUUUUAAAAACGAUUUCAAAUGAAAAUAAAUACAAACUAAGUGCAAGGACCCCUGUCAGAAGCAAAAGACAGCGUACCAUAAGCAGGGAUAAGGCUGAAAUGAAGCUUCUUUCGAUAUUUUGGUUCCAGCUCUUAAUAAUAUUCUACCUCUGGAGUCGGGUCUAGUCUGCAGUGCUCAGUCUGGUUCCGGGCACUAGUACAGCACAGACAAACACAUUCUCUGAAAACACACCAAUACAAAGAAUUGCCCACUGCUGUCUCCCCAUUGCAUAGAGAACUCACACGUUUUGAAUUUAGCACACGAUUACUACAGAAAGCAAGUAAGACUUUGUGAAUUGAACUGGCACACUGCAUGCUCUGCAAGGGAAGGGGCAGUGCACUUUCUUCAUUGUUAUAAUUUUCCCUGAUUAAAAAAUAUUUGUAAAUGGCUAUUUGUAAUUUAAAAUGG